AUGGCGGAAGAGUUGAACCCAAUGAAUGUACAUCCAGGAAUACCUGCAACAUCGGAAGUCUCUGCUUAUUGGAUCAUCCCUGGUGCAUGUUUCGGCUUGUCUGCUGUUACAGCCCUAUCGUUGAUGUCAGACACCGACAGGCAGAAGGAAUUGGAGCGAGAUGCCUUGAAUCAGCGAGGGGCUAACGAACGCAUCAAGAACAAACUGGACCUGGCGAAAAAGGAGCUGGCCUGGUGGAAAGAAAGGGCCAAACAAUUGCGGGAAAACAGUUUGACAGUGGCUGAGACAGAGGCGUCAAAGAGCGCUGCUGAGGCAAUGCUACAAGACAAAGAGCGAGAGAUGAUGAAGAAGAAGCACGCCUUGCACGAAAUACGUCGGAAGCGAUGGGAGAAACCUUUCAGAGCCAUUACAACGGCGAUCAAAUGCCUGUCGACGUCAACGUCACCGUCGAUGUCUUCGGCGACAUCGUCAGCGCCCUGGUCUUCGUCAGGUGCCAACGUGGCUGGGGAAUCAUUGCGACGAGUCGUUCGACGCCUGUCGGGUACGGAAGUGACGCUCGAGCCGGAAGCGCCACAGGAAGUGACGCUCGAGCCCGGGAAUAAGGACACCGACACUGUCGUAUCACCCGUUGACGCUGUCGAUUCGGAUCCGGUCGUUUCCGGGAUUUAUCCGCCUCGUGACGUGCUGUCGACAAGAGGAUCUACGACAGCUGAGUCCUGCCGUAGUAGCAGUAGUGAGGAGGAACUCGCACAGCUCGAUUAA